AUGUCAGAUAAAGAAGGCAAGACACUUGUACCAAUAAUUCCUGGAAUCAUGUUUGGAAGAAAAGGGCAUAUUUCAAUACCUAAUAUUUUAGGAUUAAGCAAUCCAGAAAAUGUGAAUUAUUUAAGAGCUGCUGAAAUUCAAAAAUAUCCUGAUACUUUUAUAAAUUUCACAGACAAAAGAAUUCUUGAAAAUGAAAAAAAACCAAAUCUAUACAAAAACAAAUGA